ACAGAUGGAAAGACUGGUUUUCUAAAUAUACUAGAAAUAAACUAGAACUGAGUUAGUGACAGUGCUUGCUGAGGAGCAUAUGGAGUCUGUAGAGAGGGGCCUUCUCCCGGCAAAGCCACUGUGGGGUCAGAUCCUCUCCCAAGAGCUGAAGGCUACACAGAAAAUGAGCGCUGUUCUCAUUGCAGCUAAGUCACAAGGUAGGGUUUUAGGUGGCCGAUCUGCAGGUCCUUGUGCUUACCUUGGGGAUUUCUUGCACGAGUUAGCUAGAAAACCACAACCCCUCUACUUUGCAGCCCUGAGGCUCCAGGUGUCCUUUCUCGGAUUCCCUGGGCAGCUCUGUGACCUUCUGCUGGGCACACAGGUACCGGGUAACCACCACACAAGGGGCUGGCCUCAACUGAGUCUUCUUCGCGCUCCUGCAACACACAGGCUGAAGACAAGACCGCAGCCUGCUCUCGCAGGAAGUUAUCUCGAAAACAAGGCAGUUUUGUUUUGACACAGCUCAGGGAGUACGAGACAAGAAGCGGGCACCAGGAGCUCCGCGCUAUGGGAGUUUCUCUUCCCUGGAGCCACCGGGCAGGACAGCGGGGCCGGAGCUGGGCCCCGUGGCAUGGGAGCUUUCCCUGGGAGGUUCACGUUUUUAUCAGUGACAAGAUGACAAUUCAUAUUUUUACCAAAGGAUCCCGUGACUCAUCCUAUUAAACUGCUGGAAUACGUGCUUACCAAUUGUCCUGCCACGUUAGCCAACUGACAUCACAAUGACUGAGGACUUAGACCACAGAUUCAGUAGUCUCACCUGGGAUCAGAUUAAAAUCCUGGAUCAAGUCUUAGCGGAGGUAAUACCUAUUCACGGGAGAGGGAAUUUUCCAACACUGGAAGUAAAACCCAAGGAUAUAAUUCGUGUGGUGAAAGAACAGCUCAUCGAAAAGCAAAUCACUGUUCGAGAUAUCCGCCUGAAUGGUUCCACAGCUAGCCACAUCCUAGUGAAGCAGAAUGGAACUAGUUAUAAGGACCUAGAUAUCAUUUUUGGGGUGGAACUUCCAAGUGAGCUCGAGUUCCAGGUUGUUAAGGAAGCAGUUCUUAAUUGCCUAUUGGACUUUUUGCCGAAAUGUGUUAAUAAGGAAAAAAUCACUGCCCAGACCAUGAAAGAUGCCUACGUGCAGAAAAUGGUCAAAGUCUCUACCGACCACGAUCGCUGGAGUCUCAUCUCGCUGUCAAACAACAGCGGCAAGAAUGUAGAGUUAAAGUUUGUCAACUCGCUCAGACGGCAGUUCGAGUUCAGUGUGGACUCCUUCCAAAUCAUACUGGACUCCAUACUAAAUGUUUACAGAGAAACAGACUGCAAACUAGCAGAGGGCUCUCACCCCACUGUUAUUGCAGAGAGUAUGUAUGGAGACUUCAAUGAAGCAAUGGACCAUUUAAAGUACAAACUGAUCUCCACGAGGAACCCUGAGGAGAUCAGAGGAGGCGGCCUUCUGAAGUACAGCAAUCUCCUGGUUCGUGACUUCAAGCCAGCAGAUGAGGCUGAAAUUAAAUCUCUGGAACGUUACAUGUGCUCCAGAUUCUUCAUUGAUUUUCCAGAUGUUGCUGAGCAGCAAAGGAAAAUUGAGUCAUAUCUGCGCAACCACUUCAUUGGGGAAGAAAAAAGCAAGUAUGACUACUUGAUGACUCUGCGUGGAGUUGUAAAUGAGAGCACAGUCUGUCUCAUGGGACACGAACGAAGACAAACUCUGAAUAUGAUUACAAUUCUGGCUUUAAAAGUGCUUGGAGAACAAAAUAUCAUCCCAAAUGCAGCUAAUGUAACAUGCUAUUAUCAGCCUGCUCCAUAUAUCAGUGACAGAAACUUCAGCAAUUACUACAUUGCUCAUGGACAACCGCCUAUCAUCUACCAGCCGUACCCAUUUCACAUACAAAUGCAAAGCGGCAUGGUUUAGGAACACGGUAACCUCCUCAGCACUUAGACCCCUCUCUCUUUCCAGUUCUCUCCGUAAUAAACGCCUCAUUAAACCAA